GUCACACAUCUGGGUCCGUCCACGUCCGUCUAUGGCGAAGCAGCUGCCAUAGACGGGUCAUCCAGGUUCGUCCCCAUGUCGCGACCAGCCACAGCUUGUCAUCCCGCCACCCGCCACUUAUAAACCUGCGCCGUGUUCAACUCGACCCAUCCGCCCCUUCCUUCUUCAUCUCUCUCCCCCAUCAUCCAUCACCCUCUCGCCGACAUGGACCAGCCUGCCGCCGCCAGGAACUUCGAUCCUUUCUACGACAUGCCGCUCCCUACCCGCGGUGACCCUGGUCGCGGCAUCUACGCCUCCAUCUGGGCUCCUCAGCCGCAGCCCUCCGAAACCGCCUGGUCGAAGGCCAUCGACUCGUUCACCCGUGUCGACGGCGACGGCCACCCCGUUCGUCCGGACCCUCGUCGGACGAGCUCAUUCCCCAGCACCUGCGAGGACUUGUUCGGACCUCCUGGUUCGGACGCUCGCACGCGUAAAAACGUCGGAGCCAUAGGCGACGGCCGCAAGAAAGGGUCUCCGACUCUGGAACAAGUCCAUGUCGAACAGCUUUUCCGUACCUUGAACCUCAACUCGCCCGCUCCCGGUCCUACACUAGUCACCUCCUUCGGGGAGACUCAGCAGUCGUCGCAGGCGUCCCCUGAUCUAUCUCCCAUUUCCAAUACUGCUCUUCUUACCCCGUCUGAUUCUCCUGCUACGAAAACGUUCGAUGUCAAGGCGGACGGCAGCCAGUUCGGUCUCGGUGUCUUCAACGGUUAUCAGGGUGAUCGUCUCUUUGAGACGGGGCCGCCGCCGAGGCAGAACGAAAUAUAUAGGGAGCCUCAGGUCUUGCCUAGGACUAGCUUCGCGCCCGCGCAUCAGCGGGACGCGAGCGCGUUCCCUUUCCUCGAGCCUCUCCCAGAAGUCCCUUCGCCGAUCCGUUCUUCUCAGUCCUUCCUGCAGGGUGCCUAUCCUCAGUCUACGCAUCACCGCCUCGAGUCGGCUCAGGCUCAGCAGCAGCCAUGGUCUCAGCAGCCUCGUCUACGCGCGGCGUCUGGAUGGGUGCAAACGGAGGACAGGUCGAUGGUCGAUUUUGCUGCGGCUAGCUUCGCCGCGCCUGAAUCGACCCUUCGUUCGUCUCAGUCGAGCCAUGGUAGUAGCAAGUCCCAUGCUCAUGAACCCAUCAACUUCUUGUCCUUGCUUCAUCCGUCCUCUUCGCCACCUUACCAUCUCUUUGUUGAUCGCAUCAUCAAGUCGUCGGACCAACAAGCUUCCAUCUUCCUUCAGCAGAAGCUCAAGGUCGCUGACGCCCCUGAACGAGCCAAGAUUGUGGACGCCAUAUGUUCCAAGGGCUUUGAGAUGAUGGCUCACCGGUUCGGGAAUUGGGCCGUCCAGAGGUGCUUGGAGGCGACUGCUCCACCCGAUGAGCGCCGUCAGAUUGUUGCUUGUAUGAGGGGCCGUGUCGUCGAACUGGCGACCAAUUGCUACGGUUGUCAUGUCCUGCAGAAGGCCCUGGACUGCGAAGAGGACGUCAGACUGCUCAUCGUCUCUGAGCUGCUCCUCGGUGACCCCGCUCAGACGCUAGUGAACAAGCAUGCAUCUCAUGUUUGGAGCAAGAUCAUGGAGCUGACAUGGACGCCUCCGGCUCCUCCGAUCUUUGCGUACGUUAACAGGUCUCUCAAGGGAAGAUGGGCGGCCCUCGCGUGCCAUGAGACUGGCUCCCUCGUCGUCCAGCAUGCCUUUGAGAAUCUCGAGGAGGCCGCAAAGGAUGGCAUUGUAGACGAACUGCUCAAUCAGGGCUCCGCGAUAUUCGCAGAGGUCACGAAGAGUCAAUGGGGAUCGUAUUGCGUUCAACACAUACUUGAGCACGGAUCGAAGAAGCACAAGGACAUGGCCCUUGAUCAUCUUUUGACUGGUCUUCUUGAAUAUGCAACAAACGAACAGGGUGUGAAGUCCGUCACGAAGGCUCUCAAAGAGGGCGGAAAGGAGACUCUGGAUAAGAUCAUUAAGCGCAUGUGCGAGGCGGCCAAGGGCGGACGCCGAGCCAUAAUUGUCGACUUGGCACUGUCGGUCACUGGAAGCCAGCUGAUCGCGAGCGUGUUGCCCAACGCGGAUAAAGACCAGCGCGCCCUGCUCUAUGAGUCAAUUCGUGGGCAUAUUGUCACACUUCGUGGCUGCAAGACUGGUUCUAAGGUCAUCUGGCUCUUCGAUCGCAUGCGCGCAUAUUAUGGCUAUUGAGGUCGACGGUCGUUAGAGCCUGUCUUCGUACCGCCCAGUUCGCAUCUGCAGCAAUCUCUGACUCGUGCCGACACCGACAUGUCCCAAAGCCUUGAAAACCCGGAAAAC